AUGAGUAUCUCCUGGACAACAUCGAACAAUCCUGAUUUCCAAGUUCAAGUAAUGAUCAAGACAUUACGACAAUUGGGGUACGACAAAUUAUCAUCAGAUUUACUCCACGAAUACCGAACACAAGUACAACGAGACAAUGAAAAAGAUAUACCCGUUUUACUUAGUUGGCUUCACAAUGCUUUGCGCACCAAUAACUAUCGUACACUUGAUGAUUACUUAGUUCUGAUUUUGCAAACUGGUCAUGAGGAGUUUAUACAUAUUACAAAUUACAUUGGUGAAGAUCACAAGUCGGUUAUCAAUUCUGUGUUGUAUAUGGUACGGAGGAUGGAUUAUUGUCAUAACCAUAAAAAUGAUGACGAGUUUGCCUACUUAUGGGAUAAAUUGUUGCCAUUGUUGGAUGUGAUUGAUAUCGAUGCCAUUAGUGACUUAUACGAUGCCCUGAUUUUGGAUCAAUUGAAAUACGAGAAUGAAGCAGAGACACUAACUAAUGGGAACUUGCCACUACACAAACUCUUUUUCAACUUACCUGGCGUCGACAAUAAUAUUCAAGAAGUACAAGAUGCCAUAUUUAAAAAAGUGUUUAAAAACUCGCAUCUUAUAUUCAACUCACCAACUCAUGUACCUUCAUUAUCAACAAUUAUUGACCAAUCGGUCAAAUACCAACAAUCACAAUCACCACUAUACCUCCCACCAAGAACCAAACACGAAUCGAGGAAAUCGGCACAGAGUCAAUCACAAACGACAACAAACAAUUUCAAUAUAACAAAACUCCAUUACACUUUAACUGACCAUUUAGACGAAGUGUGGUUUUUGAAAUUUUCACCACUGGGCAAAUACCUUGUUACUGGAUCCCUUGAUGGCCGAUUAAUCUUGUACAAUGUGUAUGACAAUUUUCAACGUAUUAAAAUCAUGGAACCUACAAAUGCAGCCGAUUCAGCAGCGUUUGUGCCAUUUUCAACCAAACCAUCAAGUGGGAAAACGAAAGCAGUGAUUUAUUGUUGCUGGGAUCCAAAAGAGCAGUACUUGGUCAGUUGUUGUUUAGACACGGUGAUUCGUAUAUGGUCUAUUGGUGAUAUUGAUCGCAAACGCAUCACCAGAAGCGAAGCUAAUGCUAGCCAUGAUAUCAAGUUGAUGACAUGUUUCACCUUAGGACGGGAUAUCAAGACUUGGUCGUGUGAGUUUUUACCAUACACAAAGGAAACCUCAAUCACUUCGUCAACACCACAGUUUAUCAUUGGGUCACCAGAUAAAGCAUUAAAAGUGUUUGAUUGUCAUGGGGUGGAGAUUUUUGACUUUUAUGGAAACUUGGAAGAUGAGGAAGAUGAAAAGAGUCAUCACGACAGGAUCCUUGACCCAAACACUUCCGGUGCUACGUCUAGCAGCUCACGUCAUUCUAAUGAUGCCGGAAGCACCACCAAUUAUAACAACAAUGGGGAUACAGCAAUCGACCACGAAGAUAAUACUAAUGACGACAACAACGAUGGGGACGACAGGAAAGAUGAUGUUUCAAUGAAAGAUGUCGAUGCUAAAUCUACAUUUACUGAUAACCCAUUCAAUCGUAUCAAUGAUUUAGCAAUUACCCCCGAUGGAAACUUUCUCAUCACGGCAAAUAAUGACAAGAAACUUCUCUUUUAUCGUAUUCCUGAUGUAUUCAAUGAUUCAUCAACUACAAAGAAACUAGCAUGUAUAAACUUGCGUGGACGACUCACAUCAUGCUCAGUCUCAUCCAAUGGCAAAUACGUUUUGAUCAAUUCGGCUCCCGAGGAGUUGCAAGUUUGGGAUAUAUCUCCCUUAUUGCAUCACAAUCCGCCAAUCUUGUAUCGCAAGUACAUUGGACACAGCCAAAGCACAUACAUUGUCCGAAGCUCAUUUGGAUACUUGAAUGAGGAAACUGGAGAAGAAGAGUUGGUGAUGAGUGGAUCAGAUGAUGGGUUUGUGUAUUUCUGGAAGUUACACACUGGUCAGCUUAUUACUCGCGUCAAGGCGCAUGUUGAUUUAUGCAAUGCCGUUGAUUGGAAUUUACAUGGACUGUUGGUGAGAAACAACGAUUACGGUAAGCUAUGGGGAAGUGUAGGCGAUGACAAGUUGGUCAAGAUAUGGGGUCCAUAA